UUGAUAUGAAGUGCACGGUUGCGAUCUUCGCGGUUUUUACCACCGUCGUCGCUUUCCAUCUUCUGGAAGCUGGAUGUGAUCCUACGCCGAAUAAGAGGAAGAGCAAGAAAGCUGAGUUGGUGAGGAAACAUCUGAAGAGGUUGAGGAAGGAGGAAGGUGGUAUCAAGUUGGUUGGUGGUAGAGAUGAGUUCGAAGGAAACGUUGAAGUCCUGCACGAGGGUCAAUGGGGAGCAAUUUGCGACGACGAGUGGGACGCUGCAGAGGCCCAAGUGAUUUGCAGGCAAUUGGGAUACGAGGACGUGGCUUCUGCGAAACCAACGUACAGCUCACAUUUCGGACCUCCGAAAAGGAAAUACUGGAUGGACAAUUUAUACUGCGACGGAACCGAGGAUGAAAUAACAGCUUGCAGAUUCGACGGUUGGGGUGAACACGAUUGCGAAGCUUCAGAAGCUGCAGGUGUCAGAUGUCAGGAGAAUGUUGUUACAACUGAAGAUGUUGUUAAAGAGAGCAUCAAAUCAUUCGAGAAAAUGCCUGAGAAAUUGGAGAUUAGGUUGCAAGGCGGCAGGAACAAGAAGGAAGGACGCGUCGAGAUUAAGGUCAAAGACGAAUGGCAGGUCAUUUGCGGUGAUGGAUGGUCACUUCUUGAAGCCAUGGUCGUUUGCAGAUCGUUGAAUCUGGGAUAUGCCAAUGAAGCUAUGCAGACGGACUUCUUCGGAGGAAAUUUGACAGCAACUACUUAUUCCAACGUGAAUUGCACGGGAGAAGAAAGAAGCUUAUCGUAUUGUCAUCACGAUGCGACUACACGAGGAAAAUGCACGGGAAAAGACGUGGCUGCUGUCCAAUGCACCGACGCUAUGGCUGAUCUGAUCAUAGAUCAUAUAGAUCUCAUGAGGACAGCGCAUUUAGAGGACAGACAGAUGUUCUUCCUGCAAUGCGCAAUGGAAGAGAACUGUUUAGCAUCUCAAGCUUACGUUAUUCAAAAGGAAAACCCUUCAUGGCAUUUGGAAGCGAGGAGACUUCUAAAGUUCACAGCGAGAAUCUUGAACGCAGGAACUGCAGAUUUCCGUCCUGCGAUUCCUAAACAUCUCUGGGAAUGGCACAUGUGUCAUAUGCAUUACCACAGCAUGGAAGUCUUUGCCACUUUCGACAUAUACGACUCCAAAGGAUCUCGAGUAGCUGAAGGACACAAGGCUUCCUUCUGCUUAGAAGAUAAUCAAUGUAUGCCGGGAGUUGAACCUCGUUUCGCUUGUGCCAACUACGGGGAUCAGGGAAUCUCUGUGAACUGCUCGGAUAUAUACAAAUACACUGUGGAUUGUCAAUGGGUGGACAUCUCGGACAUCGAACCGGGCGUUUACACCCUCAAAGUUGCUGUGAAUCCGGAGUUCAAGGUUCCCGAGAUGACUUUCGAGAAUAACGCAGCAAUUUGCGAUUUCCACUACGCCGAAACUCUGGGUACGGUCAGCAACUGCAAGAUCCAAAGACCAUAAAAUUCUUUAUCCUCUCUCUCCCAUCUUUAUAUUAUUCGUAAUAAACUCUGAGUCUGAUACUGAA